AUGUUUGAGCAAACAGUACUGUCCAGAUCUCGGAACAACACCCCUUCCGGUGCGUACAUUUCCCACUCACUGACAGGAGCUCCAGUUACGAAGUUUAUCCCAUCGAAACAAACGGAUUUUGGAGACGGUGAAACAGAAGAAACUUACAAUACCAAUAGUGAAUUGAGUCCUAAUAGCUUCUUAUUGUCGCUUAAAGAAGUGUUUGAGUAUGCUGGUCACCUAUUCUGGUUUGCUCAUAGAAGCAAUGUACCACCCUUCGCACAUACCGAUAGCAUUUGUGGAUUUGCUUCACUCGUACGUGGUCUGCUGAGCAACGGAUCACUAGAAGAAAGUCGUGUGCAAGAGAAAGAAAUCGGGUUGAAGCGCAAAGUCCAUCUGGGGAAUGAUCACCCUUCAUUCUAUUAA